GCGCAAACACCGACUCAAAAAGUGCUUUUAUUUUGGUUGUUUUAGGCAUUUGCUUCUCUCUUUCUCUACAUCUUCCUUUUUGCCUUCAAACAAACAAAAAAUAAUUUAAAAAAAUGGUGGAUCUUCAGAAAGUAUGCUCCAUGUGCGGCGACGUUGGCUUCCCGGAAAAACUCUUCCGCUGCUCCAAGUGCUACCACCGUUACCAACACUCGUAUUGUAGCAACUACUAUAGUGAAUUGUCAGAGGGAAUAGAGGUGUGUGACUGGUGUCAAAGUGAAGAAAGAAACAGCAGUUCAAGGCGUGGAAGUUCUUCUAGGAAAUCAUCAGCUGAAGGCAUCAUGAUGAGUAGCAGCAGAUCAGAAUAUCCAGGUGGCGACAAAAUCAAACAGCAAAACCAUGAUCACAGAGAAGAAUCAACGGCUCAUGAUCAAAAACCAAAGAAUAAUCAUGGUGGUGCACCUUCACCUCGUACGUCCACCCGUAGGUACAAACUUCUUAAGGAUGUCAUGUGUUAAAUUAAAAGGAAAAAUAAAUAAAAACUUUUCAUGUGUUAAUAUUA